GCGACGCGCGUUUUGUCGCAAGCAAUACGCGGACGCGAUUAUGCGAAAGAACAAAUUGCGAUACGGAAAAUCGCAGGAUCACGAUGCGUAAAAAAUUGUACACGUCGAAUUAUCGUAAUCCGCAUAACCGUCUACUGUGCCCGUAAGCUUUGCGUUAUUUACGGUUGUGAAACUGCAGGGAUCGAUUGUUAAUUUACGAGGAGAAGGAAAACGAAAGGGAACACGAUGUCUCUGAGCGCGAGCGCGGAAAAUUUAUCGUCGGAAGGGCAAAAUAGUGAAAGGUGGAACAUGUGCCUUGAACUGGCACUCGAGGGUGAGCGCCUGUGUAAGGCUGGAGAUUGCAAGUCUGGUGUUGCAUUCUUUCAAGCUGCGAUUCAAGCUGGCACAGAUGACUUACGAAUCUUAAGUGCAAUUUACAGCCAAUUAGGAAAUGCAUAUUUUUACCUUGGUGAUUAUGUAAAAGCAAUGCAAUAUCACAAACUGGAUUUGACACUUGCACGUAACAUGGGUGAUAAAUUAGGGGAAGCAAAGUCUAGCGGAAACUUGGGGAAUACAUUAAAAGUUAUGGGAAAGUUUGAUGAGGCUAUGAUUUGUUGCAAAAGACAUUUGGAAAUUUCAAGAGAAAUUGGAGAUAAGCUCAGUGAAGGGAGAGCUUUAUACAAUUUAGGGAAUGUUUAUCAUGCUAAGGGCAAACAAGCUGGUAGAGUAGGUCACCAGGAUCCUGGAGAAUUUUCUGAGGAUGUCAGACAAUGCUUACAACAAGCUGUACGCUAUUAUGAAGAAAACUUAGAAUUGAUGAAGGAAUUGGAAGAUUCUGCUGCUCAAGGCAGAGCAUGUGGUAAUUUAGGGAAUACAUUUUACCUCUUGGGUGAUUUUCAGCAAGCAAUUUAUUAUCAUAAUGAAAGAUUAAAGAUUGCCAGGGAAUUUGGUGAUAAAGCUGCUGAAAGAAGGGCAAACAGUAAUUUAGGGAAUUCACAUAUAUUUCUUGGUGAAUUUGAGAAAGCUGCACAGCAUUACAAGAGAACUCUAGUUCUUGCACAAGAAUUAGGAGAUAGAGAGGUAGAAGCACAAGCAUGCUAUUCCCUAGGAAAUACAUAUACUCUACUCAGAGACUACCCAACUGCAAUAGAAUACCAUUUGUGGCAUCUUGAAAUAGCACAACAGCUUAAGGAUCGAGUAGGUGAAGGCCGUGCCUGUUGGUCUUUGGGCAAUGCAUAUGCUGCAAUGGGUAACCAUGAGAAAGCACUGCAUUAUGCCAAUUUACACUUGAACAUUUCAAAAGAGUUAGAAGAUCCAAUGGGGCAAGCAACUGCACAAAUGAAUGUUGAUGAUUUGCAAAAAAUUCUGGGCUUGGAGAAAGGACAACAGGAGAGUAAUAAAGAAAAUAUUGCCCAAAAGCUUUCAACCAAUACAAGCUCAAAUGUUAACACAUCUCCAACAUGUAGAUACAGACUUAGAAGACAAAGCAUGGAUAACUUGGAUCUUAUUAAGCUCACACCGGAUGCAAAAUUAAAAGAGCAAGCCGAAUCUCAAACAGAUAAGAGUAAUAACGUGACACCACAAAUUACUCAAAAAGAAGACGACAGUUUCUUUGAUCUUUUGUCUCGUUUCCAAUCCGGUAGAAUGGAUGACCAACGCUGUGCAUUGAACAUAAAUCGCAAUCCGAAGUUUAGAACAAUCACUCCCGAAGUGUGCGAUUCGGACGAUAAAGAUGGUGAAGAUUUAUUAGAAUUGAUUGCUGGAAUGCAGAGUAAAAGAAUGGACGAGCAACGAGUGACGCUGCCUUAUUUACCUGGCCUAAACAGUAAUCAAGAUUCUGACGAUUCUUUUAUUGAAAUGCUGGUGAGGUGCCAGGGUUCACGUUUAGAAGAUCAGCGAAGUCCUUUGCCAGCAGCUUCAACGGUGCACGAUGCUGAAGAGGAGCAUAGCCAAAGAUCUAAUGGGACUACUCAAGCAGGAUCGACUGUUCCUGAGGAGGAUCUUUUUGCUUUAAUACAAAGACUUCAAGCGGGGCGAAUGGACGAUCAAAGAGCCUCUGGACCUGGCAAAACCUGUUAAAGCAUUAAUAUGUAUAAUUGUGGGAAGUCUUAUGGUAAUGAGCCUGCUUGAAAUUCUACAACUCGUUCCAUACAAUUCCUCGUUGUCUUCUUUAAUGAUUUACGAAACGUUUCGGGGCUUAAUUUAUGCAUUUUGCUCACACAGCCUAUGAAAUCAUUGCACGUGUAUGAUUCAGAUUCUAGGAAACUGCAAGGUACUAUUAUACCGUCCAUUGAUAUUGGUUUUCCGCUUUAGAAUAACGCAACAACGACGCAUUGUUGCGACCGUAGCAAGCCGAUUUUUAUAUAUUUAAAAAAAAAACAUUCUUUUUCUAUUUUUUUUUUCUUUUUCUAUUGCUUGAUAUUAUCCCGUAAUAUGGUGCCAAAUUCUGUACAUACGAACCUAAGUUAUGCGUGCAAACGAUCAGCAAAUGCACGAUAUUAAAUAAAGACUAAUUUUGUAUUAAUAUUUCUGAGAUAAAAUAUUAUUUUUUCGCAGCGGCAAAGAAUGAUUAAGUGAUUCGUGAAAAAAAAAAGAAAUUUAUGACAUUGUGAACACUG